GGGCAUAUAACUCAACGGCGCUAUCGCUAACCGGAAGCUGUUGUGUCCUGUAAGCAAGAAGAGCACCACGGUCCCGUUGAGCCGAAUAAAACGCAACAUUCAGGGAUAUAUUCCCUGUUUUAAAGCUUCAGGGGAUACUUGAAAGCCCUUGACACCAUGGCGCCCCUCCUCUUGAAGCACCUGGCUGCCUCCCUGACUCGCCAAGUGGCCCAGAUGAGCCGGCUACAUCUGAGCUUCUCCUCACCUGCAGCUAGUGCUUACAGAUGUCUCUGCACCCUCACCUCAGCUCCACACACACUACUCCUGUCGUCAGCCAGAGUCAGCUCCAUCCAGCCUCCCUCGUCCGGCUCCUCCGCACAGUGUGGACCGUCUCUGCUGGGACAGUGUCAGCAUCUUCCCUGCGUCCAGCCCUCUGCAGGGAUGAAAACCAAGUCUGCCCUGAAGAAGCGCUGCGAAGACUGUUUCUUUGUUCGACGGAGGGGACGUUUGUACGUGUUCUGCAAGACAAAUCCGAGACACAAGCAGAGGCAGGGCUGAAAUGUUGAGGGAGUGUUGGGAAGAUUGUUUUGUGAUUGUGGAAAUGUAAAAGAACUGUGAUGCAAUAAUAAAUUGUUUGGCUGAA